GGAAUGCAUGGGCGGGGUGCUGACGGAGGUUUCCCUCCUGCUCGCUCUCUCUGCCCGCAGCGUAGGAGCGCAGAUCGUCCUCAUCGCCAUCAUCAUCCUCCUCCUCAUCACCACCACCACCUCCCAGCAGCACCGCGAUCGGGACCACGCCCGGCAUCGCGCUCGGAGCGCCGCAAGUCCUCCUGCCCCUCCAGGUCUGCGACCGUAGACACCUCUCCUAGCAACCCGUCAUCAAAGUAUCUGCCUUCUACCUAUAGCCUGACUGCACCUGACGUGCCCUUCGAGCGCAGUCCCCGUACCCAAGACACUUAGCCAAGCACUUGUGCUUACCUUGUUUUACACUCCUGGUCACCCCGCUUUCCACAGUGUCCCAUCAUGCCCUUGGUGCUGCAUCAGUCUCCCCUGCUGUGGGUGCGUCUGGCUGCCCUCGUCUUCUCUUGCAUCGCCUUCAGCGUGGCCGUCCAUGGGGCCAAUCUGGGGAGGCACGCGGCCGACUGGUGCAUCUUCUGCUGGUGCUUCAGCUUCGCUGGGACACUGGUGGUGCUGCUGGUGGAGCUGUUCGGUCUGCAGUCGCGGGCGCCCGUGUCCUGGAAAAACUUCCCCAUCACCUUCGCCUGCUACGCCUCACUCCUUUGCCUGUCUGCCUCCAUCAUCUUCCCACUGUACUUCCUGAAAGGCUACGGGACAAGUGGCGAGACCCGCAACUACCGCAUCGUCUCCACAGUGUUCUCCUGCCUGGCCACCAUCGCCUACGUGAGUGAGGUGAGCAUCAGCAAGGCACGUCCGGGGGAGGUGGCAGGCUACAUGGCCACUGCACCGGGCCUGCUGAAGGUGUGUGAGACCUUUGUAGCCUGCGUCAUCUUCGUCUUCAUCAGUGACCCCGUGUCCUACGACUCGCACGACGCCCUCAAAUGGUGCCUGGCCGUCUACUGCAUCUGCUUCAUCCUGUCGGCCGCCGUCAUCGUCCUGUGCGUGGGCGAGUGCACGGGCUGCCUGCCAUUCCCCUUCGCUCGCUUCCUUUCAGCCUACGCUCUGCUGGCCGUGCUCAUGUACCUGUCGGCCACCAUUGUCUGGCCUGUCUUCAAGUUCGACAGGAAGCAUGGGGGCACCACCCACAGGCCCUCCCAUUGCGGCUCCGACGUUGGGCUCUGUAGCUACGACAAGCUGGUGGCAGUGGCUGUGCUCACAGCCCUCAACUUCGUGCUGUACCUGGCUGACCUGGUAUACUCGGCCCGCCUCGUCUUCGUCACCGUGUAGAUAGAAGGUUUAUAAUGGGGGGGAUCACAGAUGGAGGCAGGCAAAAGGACAGAGGCGACACUCUAUUGUUGUUGUUAUUAUUAUUAUUAUUGUUAGUAAUUUCCUGUUUUUGGUUCUGGUAAUGUAACAGAUCAUUUGGGUUCAGGUUAUAAUUGUCACAUGACAAGAUGUGUCUCUGGUUCCUGCCAGCCUUUUUCAUUUCCAUUCGUGGACCCAGAAAUAGGCUCCUGCUCCCUUAUCAGGUCUGCCUGCGUAUCACGGUAUUCUAUUUUCACCAUGAACAAGACUUCAAUAAAACCAAAGACAUAUGUGUGAUUUAUCAUUUUUGACACCGUAUGAACAGCCUUACAUUGUGGUUGAUGUCACAAGCCAACUGAAGAAAGCCUUACGAUUUCAUAUUAAUUCCUUUCAUUUGGCUUUACACCAAAGUUUUGAAUUAGGAAACUCACUCAUUUUAGAACACUGCACUGUAAAGCCAGUAUUUUUAGUUGUGGUAAACUUGGCCACAGCCAAUCACUGCAGCCAGGCCCUGGACCCCUUCACGGGCCAAUGCUUCCAGUCUGGAUCCUACCGAGGCUCAUUGAUGCCACAGCUGCUACCCCGUCUUUAGCAGCUCUUCCGUAUUUCCUUGAGCUCUUCUUGUCGGAAAGCUUCAAUAAGGCCAGGCAUGUGAUAAAUUAAGUUAAAAUCCUCCAGACAAAAUAUAUGUUUAGGUAGUAUGAUGUUCUGGUAAUGUGACUAUUAUUUAAAGAACUGUAAAUUCAUAUUUCAUGGAGGUCGGUAAGAAGUAGGCUAAACAGCAUCAUUUGAACUCAUUUCUUUCAAGAUUACUCAAAUGUUCGCUUGUCUCCAAAUAAAUUCCUCAGAACGUAUUGUAGUACAGUAUAGCAUUUAGACCUCUCCUUGUGAUACAUACAAUGCUACGCGCUUCCAUAUCUUCCUGCUUGGUUGUCCCACGCAUGAAAGGUAAAGCAUGGAGGUUCUGGGUUCUGGCUCCCUUGCGGUGGAACGACUU